AUGGCUGCACUCACAACAACUACACUCAUAACAACAACUGCUGCACCAAAUACUACUGCUGCACCCACCACAACUGCUGUACCCACUAUUGCUGCAACCACAACAACUGUACCCACAACUGCUGCACCCACAACUACACUCACAACAACUGCUGCACCAACUACUACUGCUGAACCCACAACAACUGUACCCACAACUGCUGCACCCACAAAACCAACUACACUCACAACAACAACAACAACUGUUGUACCCACAACAACUGCUGCACCAACUACUUCUGCUGAACCCACAACAACUGUACCCACAACUGCUGCGCCCACAACAACUACACCCACAACAACUGCUGCGGCCACAACAAAUGCUCCACCUACAAUAACAACCACUGCACCCACAACAACAACAACAACUACUGCUGCACUCACAACUGCACCUACAACUGCUGCACCCACAACUACUGCUGAACCCACAACAUCUACUGCUGCACCAACAACUGCUGCACCCACAACUACUGCUGCAACCACAACUGCACCCACAACUGCUGCACCCACAGCAACAACUACACUCACAACAACUGCUGCAUCCACAACUGCUGCACCAACUACUACUGCUGUACCCACAACAACAACUGCUGCACCCACAACUAUACCCACAAUGGCUGCACUCACAACAACUACACUCACAACAACAACUGCUGCACCAACUACUACUGCUGCACCCACCACAACUGCUGUACCCACUAUUGCUGCAACCACAACAACUGUACCCACAACUGCUGCACCCACAACUACACUCACAACAACUGCUGCACCAACUACUACUGCUGAACCCACAACAACUGUACCCACAACUGCUGCACCCACAAAACCAACUACACUCACAACAACAACAACAACUGUUGUACCCACAACUACUGCUGCAACCACAACUGUACCCACAACUGCUGCGCCCACAACAACUACACCCACAACAACUGCUGCGGCCACAACAAAUGCUCCACCUACAAUAACAACCACUGCACCCACCACCACAACAACAACAACUACUGCUGCACUCACAACUGCACCUACAACUGCUGCACCCACAACUACUGCUGAACCCACAUCUACUGCUGCACCAACAACUGCUGCACCCACAACAACCACUGCACCCUCAACUACUGCUGCACCCACAACUGCUGCACCUACGACAACUGCUGCACUCACAACUACUGCUGCACCAACUACUGCUGAACUCACAUCUACUGCUGCACCCACAUACUUCUGCAUCAACAGCAAGUACUUCUGCACCCACAACUGCUGCUGCACUAACUACUACUGCUUCACCCACAACUGCUGCAACCACAACUGCUGCACCCACAAAACCAACUACACUCACAACAACAACAACCGCUGCACCAACUACUACAGCUACACCCACAACUGCCGCACCCACAACAACUGUUGUAUCCACAACUACUACUGCAACCACAACAACUGUACCCACAACUGCUGCACCCACAAUAACAACUGCUGUGCCCACAACAACUACACCCACAACAACUGCACCCACAACAACAACUUCACCCACAACAACUUCUCCAUCCACAAUAACAACUGCUGCACCCACAACAACUACUGCUGCAUCCACAACUGCACCUACAACUGCUGCACCCACAAUUACUGCUGUACCCACAACAUCAACUGCUGCACCCACAACAACUACUGCUGCACCCACAACAACUACUGCUGCACCCACAACAACUGCACCCUUGACAACUGCUGCACACUCCACUGCUGCACCCACAACUGCAACCACAACAACUGCUGCACCCACAACAACCACUGCACCCACAACAACUACUGCUGCACCCACAACUGCUGCACCUACGACAACUGCUGCACUCACAACUACUGCUGCACCCACAACUACUGCUGCACCCUCAACAACAACAGCUGCUGCACCCACAACUGCUGCACCCACAACAACAGCUGCUGCACCCACAACUGCUGCACCCACAACAACAGCUGCUGCACCCACAACUGCUGUUGCACCAACAACUACUAA